GCCUAGCUCUCAGUAAACCUUUGGGGAACCUAGCAUGCACGAUAGCACGUGAAGAUAUACCGACUUUUGGGAAAACAAUACGGGCAGUUUUCGUCAGUGCUUCUGCAUCAAUAUCUAUAGUACAGGGUUGCAUUUGGAUCAGCUCUGAUUUUUUUAUUAUUUAGCGCAGUAAGUUAUUCAAUCGACGCAAAGAUGGUAGCCAUGACCAAGAGGAUGAAGGUCUUUCAGAUCGUGUUUAACGAUCCAUCCAAGACUUUUUACUGCAGCGGGGAUAAAGUGGCCGGGAAGAUCGUGGUGGAGGUGACCGAAAUCACUCGGGUCUCGGCGAUGAGAGUGCUCGGCGUCGGCUGUGCUAAAGUGGAUUACGCCAAGGGGAAACAGAGAUGUCGGGAAGAAAUCGACUAUCUAAAGUAUGAAGAAGUGGUCCAGCUGGACGACCAUCCUGCAGAUACUGAUGGCUCAGUCAUCCUCAGGCCUGGAAACAAGUACGAAUACACGUUCGGCUUUGAGCUUCCUCAGCAAGGGCAGCUCGUCUCUUCGUACGAGGGAAAGUUCGGUAGCGUGCAGUACUACGUCAAAGCCUUGAUGGAGAGAGCGUCUCAUCCAGCGGUCGAGUGCAAGAAAAACUUCGAUGUGGAAGAGCCUCUGGAUGUGAACACUCCAGACUUGCUGUCUCCUGCAAGCGGCAUGAAGGAGAAGAAGGUCACCUGCAUGUUCAUCCCUGACGGCCAGGUGUCUCUGAAUGCCAAGAUCGACAGACGUGGCUUCUGCGAAGGAGAAGAAAUCUUCAUUGAUGCCAAGUUUGAGAACACCUGCUCACGCAUCGUGGUGCCCAAAGCCGCCAUCGUGGCCAAACAGAUAUACCAGGCCAACGGGCACACCAAAGUGUUCAGGCAGAAGCUUUCCUCAGUUCGUGGGAAUCACAUCAUCUCAGGGAUGUGUGACGCCUGGCUUGGGAAGACCAUCCGGGUGCCUAAGAUCAAACCCUCCAUCCUGGGUUGCGGGAUCAUCCGCGUUGAGUACGCCCUCAUGAUCUACAUGCACAUUCCAGGCAGUGAGAAGCUGAUCCUGGAGCUGCCCCUGGUCAUCGGGACCGUGCCUUACAGUGGGCUCAGCAGCCGCAGCAACAGCAUGAGCAGUCAGGAAAGCACAGCCUCCACCAGCUGGGUGUCCCUGCGCAUGCCGUCCUCAUGUCCACCCAGUUACUGCGACAUAACGCGCGACGUCCGUCUGGAUCAGCCGCACACGCCACUGCUGGACGACUAUGACGGAGGGGACAGUCCCAUCUUCAUGAACAGUCCACAGUUCUUCCCUCCACUUCCACCAUACUCAGAGGUGGAGGAAGAGUACAACGGCAACUCCCGCAUGCUUCCUGUCUACUGAGCGGCUUAUCUGCUCCGAUCAAGCCAGUCUUCCUUCUCUCUCACCAUUCAGGAAGCGCAGACGCUUUCUCCAACCCAGGACGAGUUAAAAAGCGGACAAAGAGGGGGCGAGGAGGGUCCAGGGAUGAAGAGGGGUCCCGGGUUUUCAGUAUCUGUGCUGUCACGACGCUCAAGUGUACCUUUUUCGAGCGAACGUCGUGGUGAACUUUCAGGGACCGAACGAGCGCGCGAUCUGAUGCGAGCCGUUUCGCUGUUGCAAGCCGUCCAUCUUUUAGCUUCCUGCUGAACCAAGGCUUAGAUUUACUCCGAAAUACAUUCCCUAAACCAAGGGCGCAAAGCAACUUCUAGCUUCCUCACGUUACCAAUCAUUCUGUAGAGAUCUUGUGUUUUAGGAGACUUGUUUCUGAGGAACCGUUUUAUUGAUUUCGAUGCGGAUCAGUGUUUUAACGAAGCUUCCGUAAUGAUGCACUUUCGUAAGGAUGCAGUUUGCUUCCUGACUGCCUGAAGAGACUACUCGUGUGUUACUUUUUUGGCGCCUUAUUAUUUCGUCUUCCACUUCUAUGUUGCUUCCCCGUCUAUUGACGUCUUUCAGAACAUCACGGAUGCUGCAGCGAUGCACCGUGUGUCUGAACGUUGGACUUUUCCUACUUAGGGGGCCAAGCGACAUCCUGACACCUAAAGUGCCAACGUCAGGGUGCUUUGUGUUAUUGUUAGCCAGAUCAGGAAAUGCACUGUGUUCUUCGUGAAUGUUAUUGAUGUCUUUAUUUUUCCCAGCGAUGGCCUUUCAUAUUGAAUCGAAUUGUAUGAGAUUUUAUGAUAUGAUGUAUUGCUUUGGGUUUUUUUUGUAUCAUAAAUUAUGUUUUUGUAUUUGAACCCUAUGGGUUAGUUUUCAAUAAAAGGCAAAAAACCUUA